AUGACCCAAUCCAAGGCCGACCAGAUCAACGAGGUCCAGUCCAACCUCCCCCUCCCCGAGCAGCCCCCCGUCGCCUCCGACUGGCAAUCCGCCGACGCCACAAAGGUCAACGUCGGCAGCGGCGGUGAUGCCGAGACUACCGUCGGUACUGGCACCGGCGCCACCUCCGGCCUGAGAGGCCCUGCCUCCAAGGCCAACGAGGAUCUUAGCAACGUCGGUCGUCAGGCUACCGAGGGCCUGAGCGGUGUCCCCAAGGAUGCUGCGAAAUAA